AUGCUGGCAGAUGUCUGGCUUGUAGCCUCUUUCAGCUGCGCAGUGCGCCUGACGAGCUCUCUUGUGCUACUGCUUGCAUCCUCGUUCGUACCGGCCUUCGACGACUCCGCUUCGCUCGUUCUGCCCGUCGGCGCACUUCAAGGCUUUGCGCGAUGGGAUGCCCUUCACUUUCUCGCUAUAGGCCAGCAUGGCUACACACUCGAGCAACAGUAUGCAUUCAUGCCCAUGUUGCCGCGUCUGCUGGCAUCGCUUGAUCAGCCAGAACAUGCAAUCUUGCUGGUCUCCUGUCUCGCAAACUUGGCGAGCGUCGCUGCCUCUGUCAUGCUAUAUUCACUCGUGCUCUCGCUCGUGGACGAUCGACGACAAGCAAGACUGGCUGCUCUGCUGUUCGCUCUCGCGCCUUCACCCGCCACGCAAUCCUCGCCUUACAACGAGCCCUUCUUCGCUCUGUUUACCUUUCUCGGCAUGCUCUGCGUACAGCAUCUCGGUCUACUUGCAAACCUUGUGGCAGCCGGGUCUUUCGCGCUCGCGACGUCGUUCAGGUCGCUCGGCGUGCUCCACGCUGGCUUCUUCAUCUGGCCCGUCCUGACGCGGAAGAUUUCGCUAGUACGUGCCGCUGGCUUGCUCGUGCUGACUGCCGUCCCUCUUGCGCCUUUUGCGCUGGAGCAGAGACGCGCUUGGCUGCUCUUUUGUCAGGCGGACUUGCCGGCUCCCUCAUGGUGCAGUCGUUCGCUACCACUGAUCUACAGCUAUGUUCAAGAAGAGUAUUGGCAAUCCGGCUUCAUGCGAUAUUGGACGUUACAACAGCUGCCCAAUUUCGCUCUGGCCGCGCCUGUCUUUGCGCUGUCUAUCGCCGCCAGCGCGUCUUUCUAUCGCAAACACGGCGCUCGUUCUUUGCCCUUCAGUCGAAGCGCGAGCCAGAUAGUCCUGGCGCCCUUCGUGCAUCUGCAUACCGCUCAAUGGCUGCUCCUCCUCUUCUCAUCGCACGUUCAAAUAGCGCUCCGACUCGUCGCAACCGGUCCGGUCACUUUCCUCUUUGCUGCUGAGCUGCUGCUGAGCGACUGGAAAUCCUCGGCUCGCGCGGGAUACUGCUGGGGCGAGCUUUGGGUUGGCUACUGCCUGAUCUGGGGCGUCGUCAGCUUGCUGCUGUGGGCAGGCUUCUAUCCGCCGGCAUGA